AUGUCAGGACAUCACCGCAUCACCCUCGCCGCCAAUCCCCCCUACUUCGAUGGCGACAAGUCCAAGUACCUGGGCUUUGUGGACGCGUGCACCACUUACAUCGGUGCCUAUCGGUCGGAGUUCUCACUGGACGAGACCAAAAUCCUCUUUGUCCUGUCCUACCUCCGAAAUGAGAGUGGCACAAGCUGCGCCGCCUCAAGAUGGGCAAUGAACUGGAAGCAGCACAAUUUUGAGGGCUUCCAAGGACUAAAGGCGGGAGUCACCGCAACAAGCUUCUUGGAGGAGCUUCAGAGGGCCUUUGGGGAUUCCAACGCGGAGCAAGUGGCCGCCGCCCGACUUAUGGCUCUACGCCAGGGCAGACGGUCCUUUGCGGACUACAUCUCCGACUUCGAAAUGCUGGCUGCAGACGCGGGGUACAACGUGGUCACCUCCACCGACAGCAAGGGCGAGUACAAGAAGGGGGAACAGGACAAUAUCCUCAUCGAGUUCCUCGAGCGCGGGUUGAGCAGCAAGAUUGCAAGUCGCCUUUACAACACUGGUGUCCCUCUGCCCAAGGCGUAUGGUGCCUUCAAGGACUGGUGUGUCAACAUUGAGGCAAACACUCUAUGCGAUCAGCUGCGCAAAGCAUUGCAUGGGCACUCCACGCCACGACCACCCCCCCAAUUCCGCCCGUAG